AAAGGGCGCUAUGCUGCGAAGCAGCUGCCUGCGUCUCGGAGCGCGGCUCCGCUGCCCUGGCGGCGGCAUCCGGGCCCCCGCCGGAAGCGGCCACCGGAGCUUGGUCUCCUGCAUUGAUCCCUCCAUCGGACUAAAUGAAGAACAGAAAGGAUAUCAGAAAGUGGCUUUUGACUUUGCAGCCCGGGAGAUGGCUCCGCAUAUGGCAGAGUGGGACGAGAAGGAACUGUUCCCAGUGGACAUGAUGCGGAAGGCAGCCCAGCUAGGCUUUGGUGGGGUCUACGUACGAACGGAUGUGGGUGGGUCUGGACUGUCACGGCUCGAUGCCUCUGUCAUCUUUGAAGCCUUGGCUACAGGCUGCACCAGCACCACAGCCUAUGUGAGCAUCCACAACAUGUGUGUCUGGAUGAUCGAUACCUUUGGAAACGAGGAACAGAGGCACAAAUUUUGCCCACCGCUCUGUACCAUGGAGAAGUUUGCUUCCUACUGCCUCACUGAGCCAGGAAGUGGAAGCGAUGCUGCCUCCCUUUUGACCUCAGCUAAACAGCAAGGAGAUCAUUACAUCCUCAAUGGCUCCAAGGCCUUCAUCAGUGGUGGAGGAGAAUCAGACGUCUAUGUGGUCAUGUGCCGAACGGGAGGACCAGGCCCCAAAGGCAUCUCAUGCAUUGUUGUUGAGAAGGGGACCCCUGGCCUCAGCUUUGGCAAGAAGGAAAAAAAGGUGGGGUGGAACUCACAGCCAACCCGAGCCGUGAUCCUGGAAGACUGUGCUGUCCCUGCGGCCAACAGAAUUGGGAACGAGGGGCAGGGCUUCCUUAUUGCCAUGAAAGGACUGAAUGGAGGGAGGAUCAACGUUGCCUCUUGCUCUCUCGGGGCUGCGCACGCUUCAGUCGUCCUCACCCGAGACUACCUCAAUGUCCGGAAGCAGUUUGGAGAGCCUCUGGCCAGGAACCAGUACCUGCAAUUCAAACUGGCUGACAUGGCAACAAGGCUGGUGGCCUCGCGGCUGAUGAUCCGCAAUGCGGCAGUGGCUCUGCAGGAGGAGCGGGAAGACGCGGUGUCCCUGUGCUCCAUGGCCAAGCUCUUUGCUACAGACGAAUGUUUUGCUAUCUGCAACCAGGCCUUACAGAUGCACGGAGGCUACGGCUACCUGAAGGACUUCGCUGUGCAGCAGUAUGUGCGGGACUGCAGGGUCCACCAGAUCCUAGAGGGGAGCAACGAAGUGAUGAGGAUGCUGAUCUCACGGAGCCUGCUUCAGGAGUAGCACCUAAGCCUGGUGCUCUGGCACGAUGCAGAAUGUGCACUUGAAUUCGUCCUGCGUGGCUCCCUGUGGGCGGUUCUGGUGCACGAGUCGGGUCAGGGGAAGGACAGUCUUAUAGGUGACCUUCUGGUGCUGGCAGCAGUGGCGGCUCUGGGACUGCGGCAGAUCUCCGAGGCCUGAGCUGCCUUAGUCCCGAGGACACCACCCAUUCCGGAAGCACACAGGUGGCUGACGAAGGAGACGCAUCACUGACCACACUCCUCGAAUCCACAUCGUCUUGAUUUGUCUGUAUUGCUAGUUCACCGGAUCCUCUCCCAGGGACCUCGGUACUUCCGUGGAGGGUUUUUCUAUUUGUAAAGCAAAGGCAUGGGAAAGGAAAAAAGGAGAAAAGUGGCCUUUGUCUGUCCUCUGCACCUCAGCUAGAGUCGCAGACGGUUUCUGCGGCACACUUCCUGCCUAGCACACCUCUGAGUAGCCAUGAGUAUCGGGAACUGUGCCCCUGAGCUGAUGCGGGGUGUCUCUGGAUGUCCGGGCCCCCUGCACAUCAAGGGCGGAGAUGAUCCGGAACUUGGAAUGUUUGUUGCUGUUUGCUUUUCUAAGAGGCAUGUGGUCUAGGAGGGGUAGUCCAAGUUUCUGUAACCCUUUCUAGAAAGUGCUUGGGGCAUAUUUCUUCUAUCUGUGUUUUUGUUUUCUUUUUUGAAGCUACUCCUCUUUUUAAAUGUUUUUGAUGAUUGUAUUGAUAAAUAAAAC